AUGACGCAGACCGAAGCUACGGAGACAACGUCGUCUACAGCAGCCGAGACAAUUGUAAACGCUGCACUGAGCUCAUCGCAGUCCAAGCCCCGGCGCAGCAAGUAUCGACAUGUAGCUGCGUACCACUCGCAGCUGAGACACUCCAGUCUCAGUCGCGAGGCGAAUGUGACGCCCAGUUUUCUGGGGUUUCGGAAUCUGAUGGUGCUGGUUCUCGUGGCGAUGAAUCUGCGAUUGAUCAUUGAGAAUUUCAUGAAGUAUGGAGUUCUAAUCUGCAUCAAAUGCCACGACUAUCGCAAACAAGACCUGAUCUUAGGCUCGAUUCUCUUCGCACUGGUGCCGUGCCAUCUACUCGUGGCCUAUCUGAUCGAGUCGGCCGCCGCCGGAGCCGCCAAACAGACCAUUGGCCUGCAGAAAAAGACGGCCGAGGAAAAGGAAUACGACCAAAAGGUGUUCCAAUCCACCUGGCCCUACACGGCCUUCCUGCAUACAUUGAAUGCCACCCUGUGUCUGGCCGUCACCAGCUUCGUGGUCUAUUUCUACAUCCACCACCCCGGCAUUGGGACCAUUUGCGAGUUGCACGCCAUCAUCGUCUGGCUGAAGAUCUGCUCCUAUGCUUUCACCAAUCGGGACCUGCGUCUCGCGCUGCUCAAUCCCUCCGCGGACCCGGGUCUGCCGGAUAUAUACUCGUCUUGCCCAUACCCGCGCAACAUCACCAUUGGCAACCUGAGCUACUUCUGGCUCGCGCCGACACUGGUCUACCAGCCCGUCUACCCGCGCAGCUCGUCCAUCCGCUGGUCCUUUGUCGCAAAGCGUCUCGCCGAAUUCGUCGGCCUCUCGGUAUUCAUCUGGCUCCUGUCGGCGCAAUACGCGGCCCCCGUCCUGCGCAACUCGAUCGAUAAAAUCGCCGUGAUGGACAUCGCCUCCAUUCUGGAGCGGGUGAUGAAACUGUCCACGAUUUCGCUGAUCAUUUGGCUCGCCGGGUUCUUUGCCCUGUUCCAGGCCCUCCUGAACGCCCUGGCGGAGGUCAUGCGGUUUGGCGACCGCGAAUUUUAUACAGAUUGGUGGAACAGUUCGAGUCUGGGUAUGUAUUGGAGGUCGUGGAAUCGACCGGUAUACCUCUUCAUGAAGCGACAUGUCUAUUCGCCGCUCGUCGGCCGGGGCUGGAGUCCGCUGGCGGCGAGCGGGAUGGUGUUUGCGCUGUCGGCCAUUCUGCAUGAGAUGCUGGUGGGCAUUCCCACGCAUAAUUUCAUUGGAGUCGCAUUUGCGGGGAUGAUGUUCCAGCUACCUCUGAUCGCCCUCACCGCGCCUCUGGAGAAAAAGCGCGAUCAGCUGGGCAAGACGAUCGGGAACUGUAUUUUCUGGGUGAGUUUCUGCCUUGUGGGCCAGCCACUCGGGGCGCUGUUGUAUUUCUUCGCGUGGCAGGCCAAGUACGGCAGCGUGAGCAAGAUACGGCUGUGA